ACAACGCCCCCCUGACAACGCUGCAAUGGCCACCCUGACAGACACAGAGAUGGCGGAGAUUGCCAAACUUCAGAGAGAGGAGGGUGUGCGGCGGCUAAGCGGUCACUUCUCGUGGCCAGAGUUCUCUGGGGACGCGGCGCGGCAGAACGCCCAUCAGCAGUUUGUUUAUGACUGUGCCAUGUUCGCCGCCGACCGUGGCCUGGCUUGGAGUGCUGUGAGAGCAGUGGCCGGGAUGACUAGAGACCUGUUCCCUCAGCUAGCUGAUCUGGACCCGCCCAGAGUGCUAUCCCUAGUUUCAGAUUGGCUGACAGAGUGUUUGCCCCACCUACCUCCUGCCCACCACAACGCAGUCUUCCACUUCCUGUCUGACACUUGUGUCACUAGGCAACGGCUGCUACAAGCUGUGGUGGGCGGGGCCAGUCACCUGUCAAUCAACCAGAAACACCUGGAGGUGCAUGUGCCCCCUACACCCCUCCCCCUGGCACAGGGCGAUGAUGAGUGUGUGUGGGAGCGCCAGCGUGUGUGUGCCCGGCUCCAGAUUGCCAAGCAACAGAAGAGGGAGGAACUCCGGAGGCUCAGAGAGGAGGAGGGGCCACAGGGGUCAGAGGUCAGACUGGACAGAGAGGAGGUGGCACACCUAGUGCGGUCUACUGUGAGGGCCAGAGGAGAGCUGCUGCUGGGGAGACUGCUGAAGGAGAGCAGCCUGGUGUAUGACCUGCUGGAGCUCAGCCUGCAACACACAGCCCUUACCACCGGGGGGAACCCUACACACACCUCACACGCACCCUGACCUCACACACUCCAACGAUCCCACCGGGGCCACACACACAGCUAAACCCAAGAGGAGGUGAGAGGGUCUGGGCAAGAGGCCUGGCUUAUACAAACAUUUAGAUAUGUUUUAAAUUAUUAAUAAAGUAUACUGAACAAAAAUAUAGAAUGCAACAUGCAA